AUGACUCAAAGUAACUGUGAGCCUAUUGCUAUCGUCGGGGUAAGCUGCCGUUUUCCGGCCGGUGCCAACAGCCCUGAGGAGCUUUGGUCACUUAUUUCACAAGGAAAGAGUGCUUGGUCAGAUGUCCCCGCCGACCGUUUCAAUUGGAAAUCUUUCCUACAUCCAUCACCCGAUGUUGUUGGCACAAUCAACUCCCGUGGCGGUCAUUUUAUCGACCAAGACAUCCGCACUUUUGAUGCCGGAUUUUUUGGGAUACCGCCAGCAGAAGCUAAUGCAAUGGAUCCUCAACAUCGCCUUCAACUAGAAACGACCUAUGAAGCGCUAGAGAACGCCGGUAUUCCAAUUGAAGCUAUUCGAGGUUCUUCUACGUCAGUAUUUAUUGCCCUGUUCAAUAAGGAUUACGAUAGGAUGAUGUUUAAAGAUACCAAUGACAUUGCUAAGUACCAUCUACUUGGUUCCGGUGAAGCCAUUGUAUCAAACCGCAUUUCAUAUACAUUCGAUCUUAAAGGUCCCUCUAUGACUUUGGAUACGGGGUGUUCCGGAAGUCUUGUAGCCUUACAUCAGGCAUGCCAGGGACUUCGUUCUGGAGACACAGAUAUGGCUCUGGUUGGCGGGACAAGUUUGAUCUUGAGUCCAGAUAGUAUGAUCCCAAUGAGUCGUAUAGGUGUUCUUGAUCCUAGCGGUAAAUCCUUCGUCUUUGAUGAUCGAGGUGCUGGUUAUGGACGUGGAGAAGGUGUUUCUACCAUCGUUUUGAAACGACUUCAAGACGCUGUGGAAGCUGGUGACCACGUUCGAGCAAUUAUCCGAAAUACAGGAAUAAACCAAGAUGGGAAAACAGCAGGCAUCACCUUACCCAGUCAAACGGCACAGCAGGCUCUAAUCAAUCAAGUCUUCAAGCAGGUGGGACUUGAGCCACGUAGCAUCAGUUACGUGGAAGCACACGGUACUGGGACCGUCGCCGGAGAUUUGGCUGAAACAAAGACUAUUGCGAAUGUAUUUUGCGCGGAAAGGAAAGAACCUCUUUUUGUCGGAUCUAUCAAAUCCAACCUUGGUCAUCUUGAGAGUGCUAGUGGUACUGCCGGACUUCUGAAAGCUAUCAAAAUACUUGAAAAGGGUCUCAUCCCCCCCAAUGUCAACUUGAGGAAUUAUAAAAAGGGACUAAAUCUAGGACAGUCCAAUAUCCUCGUUCCUCUGAAGCUUGAAAAUCUUCCUAUUGAUAAAGAUGGGAAGGCUCGGGUGGCAAUAAACAGCUUUGGCUAUGGAGGUACAAACGCGCAUGCCAUUUUGGAGUCUAGUACUAUGAUGAGCCCGACGGCGGACACUGUAGCUCACGGUGCAAUAGCAAAUCCAAUUUUACCUCUAGGAACUGAACCGGAACAAACGCAAACGCCAAGUGCUCUAGGGGUCUUGACGUCAGCUAAACUAUUUUUACUAUCUGCCAAGUCUAAGACUUCUUUGAUUGGAGCAAUUGAAAAGCUUCGAAGCUGGGCUAUGAUUUCGAAGACAAAAUCUUCAAAUAAUCAGUUUGAGAAUCUUUCCUACACAUUAAACCAACGACGAUCGGUAUUUCAAUGGCGUUCUAGUAUUGUGGCUGCAAAUCUUGAAGAACUUAUUGCAAAAUCAGACCAAGCCAUCUGCAAAGCAACCAAAGCCUCCACUAAUGUUCGUGUUGCCUUCAUUUUUACGGGACAAGGCGCUCAGUGGGCGUCAAUGGGGCGAGAAUUUAUCGUUUCUGGAAUCAGCAAAAAGACUCUUGCAAUGAAAGGCGCUAUGCUUGCAGUCGGUCUCGGCGAGGACAAAGUAAAACCGUUUAUACAGACUCUUUCAAGUGGCAAAGUGGUAAUUGCAUGUAGUAAUAGUCCCACAAGUACUACGAUAUCUGGAGAUGAAGCUGCGAUCCUAGAGCUGCAAAGAACACUCGAGAAUCGCUCAAUUUUCACGAGGAAGCUCAACGUUGAUACGGCAUACCAUUCACACCACAUGGAAGUUGUGGCUAGUCAGUAUCUUAACAUGCUGGCGGGACUUGCGCAUAAUGAUGCAGACUAUAAUAUUCUUACUCAGUACUGGCAUGAAUCUCGUUUAAGCCUGGAGCACCGCUUGCGUGAUAAUCCCUAUCACGACCUUCUGGGGGUUCGCGUCGUAGGUGGGACACCAUACAACCCUCACUGGAGACAUCUAGUCAGCAUUGAUACAUUACCAUGGCUAUCUGAGCAUGUUGUUGAUGGUUCGGCAAUAUUUCCAGGAGCUGGCUAUUUAUGUAUGGCUAUCGAGGCCACGAGAGAGCUUGCGCGAGAACAAAAGCGUCAUUAUGGCACAAUUGUUCGAUACAUUCUGCGAAAUAUUUCUUUCUCGAAACCUCUUACAAUUCCUUGUUCGCCAAAUCGCGUCGAGCUGCAGCUUGGUCUUAACUUAGGCAAGAACAAAAAUGAAAGGGCAUUAAUGGAUUGGAUCGAAUUUGGGGUCAGUUCCUACCAACAAGGCAUCUGGAAACAGCAUUGUUCCGGUGCCAUCAAACUCGAAUUCUCUGCGCCAAUGGAUGAAGUUGACCAACUGAGGGAGGCCGAUUUUAUAGCUCUUUCCGUAGAAGAAAUGUUGAAAGAAUGCACAGAGGGCAGCACUAAACUCAUCAAAUCAUCCGAUUUCUAUGAGAAGAUCAAAAGUUUAGGCAAUAGCUAUGGGCCGAAUUUCGCGAGUAUACGCGAACUAAUGGUCGGUGAGUUUCACGCCACAGCUAAAGUAUCAACCCCCGCAAUAAGCGAAUGCAUGCCUUCGCAUUUCAUGCAACCACAUGUUGUUCACCCCGCGACGCUAGACGCUAUCUUCCAAACAGCACUGCCUCUUUGCCUCAACCACUGUGUCAACGGACCUGUGAUGCCAAUUUACAUUGAUCAGUUCACCGUCGAGUCCAAUAUAUCAGCUGCUCCCGGCCAGGAAUUCCGUGUGGCGACUAAGCUCGAUCCAACCGGCCCAAGAUCUGCAAUUACAAAUAGCUUGGCAUUUCAAUCAGGCUUGGAUAAUGAGUCAAGAUGCGUUGUUACUCUUUCAAAUGGGGAACUGAAAGGGCUUGGUGAUUUUCGCCAUAAAGGGACCAUUGAACGAACAUCGAUACGGAAUUUUACACACACAAUACAAUGGAAUGUCGACAUUGAUUUCAUGACAACAAGCCUGUUUAAACAAUAUAUGGGCCCUGUAUCGAACGAGCUGCGAAUGCAAAAACGACGUGCAGCGAUUGACAAAGUAGCUGCUCUUUAUAUCCGGGAUUUUCUCAAUGGCACCAAAACUAUCGGUUCCACAUGUCCUAAACACUACACUUUGCUGUUACAGUGGAUGUAUAAAUAUACAAAAACGGAGCACUAUCAUGAGAUUAUAUCGAAAAGUCUUGGACAAGAUGUGGAUAGCAUUUUAUCUGAGGCACGCACCGGUAUUGAGGGCGAUUUCUUGCGUCAUUUAGGUGGAAGACUAGAACAAAUUAUGUCCGGAAUAUCUGAUCCCCUUUCAUUGAUGCUGGAGCAAAAUCGACUAGAACGAUACUACGCCAAUGAGUGGCUCUCAAGAGCGUCAUUGCAUUUGGUCAAAUACCUGGAGUUAUUGUCCUUCAGGCAGCCGAACUUGGUAGUGCUGGAAAUCGGUGCUGGUACAGGAGGUACCACACUUCCUAUUUUGCAACAGCUAGGAAACCCCAAUAAUUUCACCUUCAAAAGUUAUGACUAUACGGAUAUUUCUUCUGGUUUCUUCGAGGCCGCACGAUCAAAGUUUCAAAACUGGUCGGACUUACUCGUAUACAAGACUCUCAACAUUGAAAUCGACCCACUUGGACAGGGAUUCGAGGAAGCUUCGUACGAUCUCAUUAUUGCCUCGAAUGUAUUGCACGCGACAAAAUGUAUUACUAAAACUUUAGAUAAUGUACGAAAGCUCCUAAAACCCGGAGGAAAGUUGGCGCUUAUUGAAAUCACCCGAUUCAGUCCAAUGGACAAUAUUACUUUUGGUCUUUUGCCAGGAUGGUGGGCAGGCAUCAAUGAUGGACGCCAGGACACCCCGAUCCUGUCAGUUUCAGAAUGGAACGACGUGUUACUUCGAGCUUCAUUCAGUGGUGUCGAAGUGUCGGCGACAGACUUCGAGGGCCCUGCUGGCUCAUGCGAUCUAAUCGUAUCAGCAUACAACCCAACUUCCGGUGACUUAAAGUAUGAAAUCAAGAUUUUGGUUGGGGCGGCGCUGUCAGGAGCCGAGAGCCCCAGUAAAAACAUUCAAUCCUUCGCCUCGGAUGCAUUCCUUCAUUUUCAGAAACAAGGGCUUACAACAUCGUUUUCUUCAUGGUCACAACCGGAACCUGAGGACUCUGGCUUGUAUUUGGUUAUAGAUUGCAGUGAUAAUCCAUUGCUAGUCAACCCGAGUCAAGAGACGUUUAGAAAAAUCACUCGCCUUGCAACUCAAGGGGCCCGGAUCUUAUGGGUUUCAAUUCCUAAGGAUUCAGAUAAUUUCUCGGCCAACGCGGAGACCUCUCUGAUCAGUGGGUUUGCCCGUGUUGCGAGAAUGGAAAACGAAAGACUGAAAUUCUCAACACUUGACGUUCAACAAGCUUACUCAUCCCAAAAGACAGCGAUUUUGACAAUUAUUUCUGAAAUCAUAAUGAGGCUAGGAGCUGUCAACAAAUAUCCCGAAGAAUCAGAUUAUAUAUUUCGAGAUGAUCAAAUCUACAUACCUCGGCUCAUUCCUAACGACUUCUUGAAUGCAGUAGUCACUUCACAUACGUACAAUCCUCAAUUCGAGCUUGGUGAGUUUAGACAGUUGGACCGCGCAUUGAAACUACACGUCGAAGCACCUGGACUUCUCGAUACUAUGGUGUUCCGAGAUGAUGAACUGAAAGAUAGUCCACUUAGAGAUGAUGAAGUAGAAAUCCAGGUCAAAGCAUGCGGUGUCAACUUUAAGGACGUAUUUGUUGCACUUGGUCAGAUGAAAGCAACAGAUCACAUGGUAGGUGAAUGCUCAGGCAUAAUUUCCUCAGUUGGCGCAGGUCUGAGACAUAGAUUCAAAGUUGGAGAUAGAGUCUGGUCGCUUGCUGCGACACCAUAUGCCAAUUUUGCCAGAUCCCUCGGAUGCACUGUCUAUCAGAUUCCAGACUCUAUGUCAUUUUUGACUGCCGCUUCUAUACCUGUUGUCUUUACUACUGCUUACUACUGCCUUGUCAACGUUGCGAAACUUAUAAAGGGACAGACUGUCUUAAUUCAUGCAGCAUCUGGUGGAGUUGGCCAAGCAGCGGUUAUGAUAGCAAAGAGUAUUGGCGCUGAAAUCAUUGCAACGGUAGGAAGUGUCUCUAAAUCUGAAAUGCUUGUGGAAAGAUACAAAAUUCCCCAGAGUCAUAUAUUCUCUAGCCGGUCGCUCAACUUUCGUUCAGGUAUUCAUCGACUCACGGGUGGCAGAGGGGUAGAUGUUGUACUGAAUUCUCUUGCUGGGGAGGCAAUGCAAGAAACAUGGCAGUGCAUCGCUCCAAUGGGUACAUUUGUUGAGAUUGGAAAAAGUGGCAUAUACCAGAGACAAAAUGUAAGCCUGGAACCCUUCGAGAGAAAUGUCACUUUUGCAUCAGUCGACAUGACUCUUGUGGUCAAAUAUCAGCCAGAGAAACUUCUACCCAUAUUCGAAAAAUUGAUGGAAAUGUUCAACAAUACAGACAUUAGUCCUGUCUAUCCUAUUAUGGAAAUGCCCAUCGGUCAUAUCGAACAAGCAUUUAGACUUAUACAAGCUCGAAAGCAUAUGGGCAAGAUAGUCUUAGAUACAGAUACAUCCAAUCUCAUUACCGUGGCAUCUCCUGGCCGCACAACCCUGUGUCUAGAUUGUGAUGGGACGUACUUAAUAGCUGGUGGCUUAGGAGGCAUUGGAAGAGUCAUCGCAAAGUUCCUCGUCGAUCGCGGGGCAAAACACAUUCUCAUAUUAUCCAGGACAUCUCAUGAAGAGAGGUCGAAACCUCUCAUGACUGAGAUUGAAUCAUUGGGGGCACAUUUUAGGAUUAUCACCUGCGACAUCUCUAACAAGAAAGACUGCUUAAAGGCGAUUACCAUUGCUCGGGAAACAAUGCCUAGCAUUCAAGGAGUUAUCCAAGCUGCGAUGGUUCUUCAAGAUCGGACACUUGAGAAGAUGGGAGUCGAUGACUACAGAGCUGCGGUGAAUCCUAAAGUUUCGGGCACUCAGAAUCUUUUGCAUUGUUUGAACAUCGAUCAUUUAAACUUUUUUGUCAUUCUUUCAUCAUGCUCUACAAUUCUUGGAAACACAGCACAGGCAAAUUAUUCAGCGGCUUGCAGCUUUCAAGAUGCAGUCGCUCAACUGCAUGGCCAGGCAUCUUCCACUUCACGAAUCAGCUCAUUAAAUUUGGGCAUGAUUGAAGGGACAGAAUCAUUAGAAAAGGUUUCCGACAACGCGAUGAAACUGAUUCGACAAGUUUGCGUACCCGUAAAGAUCGAGGAGUUUCUCUCGCUUCUGGAAUUUUCUAUGCGACCCGAAGCUCGUGAACCCCAAUUUGCCCAAAUUGCAAUAGGUAUAGACAGAGAAUCAGUAAGCAACAGAAAAGGUGUCGAGCUUCAGCAGAUUUUUAGCCAUCUUCCAGUUUGUGCAUCCGGUGUCCAGUCUACUCCUUUGGUAGCUACAAGGAGUAUUGAAGAGGAACUUUCCACAGCUCAAAGCUUUAACCAAGUUCAAUCCAUCGUCACUACAGCGAUUUCUAAAAAGUUAUGCGCGCUUGUUGCCUCUGAUUUCAGCGAUAUCGAUAUCAAUGCUUCUAUGGAGAACCUUGGUUUAGAUUCUUUGAUCGCCAUCGAGCUGAAAAACUGGAUCAACCGUUCAUUUCAUUCGACAUUGCAAACCUCAGAUAUUUUGGAUGCACCAAACCUCUAUUCGUUGGGCCAAAAUGUGUGUGAAAAGUCUGAUUUAGUCAUGAAGCACCGUAAAUUGAAAGCCGGUGAGGAUGGGACCAAUGAUGGACAUGAAGACGCUGUGGUCGAAAUUCUAAGCGGAACCACAGGUCUCCCCCGACUACCACUACCAGAAUUGGAAAGCACGCUCAGUUUCUACGAAACAUCAGUAAAAGCCUUAUGUUCUGAAAGAGAGCUUCAACAAUUACGCACAGCAAUCAUAGAAUUUCAGGAACCAGGAUCCAUUGGUACAAAAUUGCAAGAUCGUCUACGUGAAAGACAGAAUAAUCCUCAUCUUGAGUGUUGGCUGUCUGAUUUGUAUUGCAAACAUGUAUACCUAAGAAACAGGCCUUCUAUAUCACCGCACGAAAACUUCAUGGCAGUCCAUGCUCAAUCAAAAAUGCAGCAUGGCCAAGCUAAAAGAGCUGCGAUUGUGACUCUCGCGGCGAUGAAGUUCAAGGAUGACUUUGAAGCUCAUAAAGUCCAACCAGUACUACUAAAUGACCAGCCCAUAUGUAUGGACGCGCUAAACUGGCUGUUCAAUGCGAUUCGCGAGCCAUGUUUAAUGGUCGAUCGAAUGAAAAAAUACCCGAGCCAAGAUUACAUAGCUGUCUUGAGAAGAGGUCGCAUCUACAAAAUCAUCAUCCGCGACUCUACUGGCCAAAGGGUAGAUAUCUAUAAACUGGAAGAAAUUUUCCAAAUAAUUAUUGAUCUCGGCGCAGUGAAGCCGCCUCGCAAAUCAAUAGCUGGUAUGACUGCUGACCGGCGAGACAGUUGGGCCAAGAUGCGCAAAAUGAUUCGAAGUGGCCCCCUGAAUAACUCCACUACUAUUGAUAUGGUGGAAAAUUCCGCUUUCGUGUUUAUUGUCUGCACCAAUGGAGAGUCAGGUCAUAUCUUUGAGCAUUCAAUGAUUGAUGCUCUACCUAUCUCAAGAUUUGAUGCUUCAAUCAGGAAAGCUAUUCUUUCCCACGAUGAGAGUUCAUACGAACUGACUCGGGGGCAAAAUGGCGUUAACGACGAAACUCAUUCUCAUGGUGCAGGCCAUGUUGAUGGCACAAAUGAAGUCAAAAACAGCGACAGCCAAGAGUGGUACAAGGAGUAUCAAUACAUCACAAAUGCCGAGCUAGACUUGCAUCUUGCCAAUAUUAAGGAAGAAUACGAAAAAUCGUAUUCACCAAGUGAAACCGAAAGCUUUACGGGGAAUCAUUUUGGUACCCUGUAUUUACGCAGCCAUAAUGUACCCCCAAAGUCUGGCUACCAAGUUAUUAUCCAACUCGCAUCUUUAAUGUAUUUUGGUUACCAUCCUCCUUCAUUUCAGACCAUCUCCAUGGGCUUGUUUAACAAGGGUCGUGUCGAACUCAUUCAAUCAGUUCUACCUGAGAUUUUAGCCUUUACUCAAUCAGCAUUCAACGAAGCUUUGCCAAUUCCGGAGCGCCGGGAGCUUUUUAUAAAGGCUGCAAAGACUCACGCAGCUACCAUGAUAAAAAUUUCCCGCGGCCACGGCUUCGCAACUCAUCUUUAUGCUCUUCGUGAGGUUUUGAGAGAUGGAGAAGAAGUCCCAACACUUUUCAAUCUUUCUUUGUACUCAAGAAUCCGUCCUGGAAAACUCUUGACGGAUAAUGCUAAUAGAAGGGGAAUAAUUCGGGAAAUGGCCAUUACAAUGCCUGAUCCAGAAAAUGUUCUUUUGCAUUAUGAAGUCCAUGAUCAAAAAUGUGAUUUUAGUAUCAAGGCACCUCCUGGAAAAUCAAUGGUCUUCUUUCAAGCUAUUGAGAAGGCAACAGUUCUUGUUCGAAGAUUGCUAGGAGAUCCGUCAAGAGUAUAG